AUGGAAACCAAAUGUGACCCUCAUAGGGCUGCAAAAUCUCUAAAGAAGUUAGGGUUUGAUGAUUAUGUGAUCAACAGUAACAAUGGUUUUGCUGGAGUUGGAAAUGUCCGAGGAACAAUUCAUUCAUUUGAUGUCAGUUGUCAUAAUGGACAUAAGUGGUUGUUUACAGCCAUCUAUGCUAGUCCAAAUGAUGUCAAAAGAAGGAAUAUGUGGGAUCUUCUUAAAACUAUAGCUAGUAAUAUUAAUCUUCCGUGGCUACUAGCAGAAGAUUUUAAUGAUAUAGCCUAUGCAAGUGAAAAAAAAGGUGGUGCUCAAGCGUCUAGCAGGAAGUGUAAACUUUUCAGGGAUAAGAUAGAGGAUUGCAGCCUAAUGGAUCUGGGAGCUUGUGGACCAGCAUAUACAUGGCGUGGACCUAUUUUCCAUGGAGGGCAAAUAAUAUAUGAGAGACUGGAUAGGGCGCUCAGCAAUGAAAGUUGGAGACUGGAUUUUCAUGAAGCCACAGUCAAAGUUUUACCACGAGUGGAAUUCUCUGACCAUCAUCCACUCAUGAUUUCUCUUACUAGUAACAAGAAUGCGAGGGCUCCUAGCCGGUUUCGUUUUGAGAGUGCUUGGAUGGUGGAGGAGAAAUACAAAGAACGAUUACUGGGGAUUUGGAAGAAAAACGAAGGCUUGAAGAUGAAUCUUAAGUUGGUGGAAGACGAUGCGAAAUACUGGAAGUGCAAAACCUUAAACCACAUGCAAAAGACAAAGAAAGAAAUCAUGGCUAGAUUGAAUGGUGUACAAAAAAGGCUUUAUGGGCAAUCCAAUCAAAGAGCUUUGCAGAGGCUAGAGAAUAAGCUUCAAUAUGACUUGGCUAGGAUCCUCAAACAAGAGGAGCUCAUGUGGUUUCAACGCUCUCGUUCUAAAUGGCUUGCAGAUGGUGACAAGAACAUCAAGUAUUAUCAUCUCAAGACAAUUACAAGAAGAAGAAGAAAUAAGACAGUGAUGCUUAAAACUAGUAAUGGAGAUUGGACAUAA